AUGCCUCAUACGGACUUGCACAGCUUUUGGUCCAGGAAUGUUGUUCCAUUUUACCACGGUAACAAUUUAGAUUGGUUGAAGUGGGAAACGAGAUUGAAGAUAGCAAGAGGAGUUGCAGAGGGUCUGUGCUAUUUACACCAUAAAUGUGAUCCACCACUUGUUCAUAGAAACAUCGAUGCUAGUAGCAUACUUCUUGAUCAUGAUUUUGAAGUGCAGCUGGGGAGACUCCAUGAGGUCUGUACUCAAGCGAAAGAGACGAAUGGGAGUAGGUUUUCCAGGGGUUUUGAGAGAAGUAUUUCUGGUACAUCUGAUGCAACGUGUGCCUAUGAUGUUUAUUGCUUUGGAAUGGUCUUGCUUGAGCUGGUCACAGGCAGGAUGAAAUUUAGCCUUGCCAAUUAUCGUAUGACAAACGAUAGCAUGGCAAACACCUUGUCCAACGUUAGUUCACUGGAUAAGAAACUUAUUCUAAACAUCGUAGAUGGGUCUUUAACCAUAGAUGAGGUUCUUUUGAAGGAAAUCUGGGCUGUAGCUUUUGUUGCCAAGGCAUGCCUGGAUCCCAAGCCUUCUAAGCGGCCAGAAAUGUCAGUCGUACUCGAGGCUUUACACAAUCCUUCAACUGUUGUAAAUGGCUCGUGGAAAGGAAAAAGAAUCGGAUUGAUCCAGUUUAGUUAGGAGGGAUAUUAAUCUGGUGAUUAUGAGAUCGUUGGUCAGCAUUAAUCUCGAUUCAACCUCGUUUCAUUUUCUGGGCAUGCAUGAAAAUACUUGUUCUUUCAAUGGAUAAUUGUAAGAUCUUGUGCUUUUUGUUUCAUGUCUUCCAUUCUAGAGGGCCUACACACCCUUGGCCACACGAAUUUAUAUGGCUGGUUUCCUAUUAUAUAAUCAGCCAGUUUUGGUA